AAUAUCCUGGAGCUGUUCAUCAUGCAAGGAGUCCGUCAAAUUUGUAUUUUUGUGAUAAAAUUUCACAUAAAAGCGUGGUUUUCAGCAACGUCAGCGAUAACAGCGCCAAGUAAUGAUUUAAUGCUGAUAAAAAAUUUGCUUCUCGACAAAAAAAUUAAUUCAGCUGUUUCAAAAAAGACAUCUGAGAAAAUGGCUAAUCAUCUGUGGUACCUUUCUGAAGAAUUAGCAGCUUUGGCUUUAUUUGAUUCGAGAGUUUCACCGGGAAUAAAAAUUAGAAUGGUAACUGCUAUAAAGUCCCGAGAUAGUAGUAUAUUAAAUAAAAAGCGCUUCAUAAUCAAUAAGAAUAAGUUGAAUACGUUAUUAAUAAAAGAUCUAAGUCAUUUCGUUUCUAAAAGAUCAUUGGUAUUAUUUGAACGAUUUGGAUUGUCUACUGAGUUUCUUGAUGUCGACAUCACUUUAUGGGCUAGUCACAGAAGCUUUCAAGAAAAUAUUCAAUUUUUUAGUACAUUAAAAGUAGUGAAUGACGUUGCUGAGAGGAAUGUCGCAUUAAUUACUAAAUAUAAUCAGCAUUUAACUAACAGUGAAGAACAAUUUCAAGGUUUGCUACAAACGGUAAAAAAACAUAGAGAAGACUUUCCGAGCUGUUCUAAAAAAAACUUUAUGUAAAUUGUACUAUUGAAGGUAUAUUGACCAUAAAUUCGUAAUACAUCUGUAUUUUUUUAGCGCUGUUCAGUGAAAUUAGUCAGUAAUCAAUAAUUAAUAAAAACUUUUCAUCAAAAA